AUGGCCGCUCCUUCCUCGGUGGGCAGCUACGCCCAGGGGCGAGCCAUGUCAACCCCAUACCCCUUCACAACCCUCGAGUGUCAAUACCGAGAUUUGGAGCAGUGUAUUCACAAGAUUGAAGUAGCGACGAAUACUUCCACGGAUCGUUCUCCAGCUGAUGGGCCGUGUGUCCUUUUAUACGACGUUGAUGAACAUUCAUUCGACGAGAUCCGCAAAUCCGACCACCCGCUGUUAACUUCGUGUACAAAAUUCUUCGACCCAAACACAAAAUUCCUAGUUCUCAAAAUGGAAACCCUCUAUCAUAGUUCAGCAUCCAUGGCAGUUACCAGAUGGAUCGACCAAAAGGCACACGACAUGAACGUCGGUUCCGAGUUAGUCUUUACUGGAACUGGAAAUUACAACCUCGCCCAGUUCGAUGACAAUGGGCUCCCCGAGAUGUCUGAAGGAAUUUUACAGACGAUCCAAAAAAGAGCAGAGCAGGCAAUCCACCCAUUCGCCGUUCCUCCCUCUCGGACAAUGAAAUGGCCCACAUUUGUCCUUGAAGUAGCCUACACAGAACCAAGAACCAAGGUCGAACGAGACAUGAGGCUAUGGCUCCAAGCUACGCAAAGCCAAGUCGAGUUUGCGAUGACGGCGUCUGUGGACAAGUGGAACAAGCGAAUCACACUCGAGCAGUGGGAGCUAAAGCAUAAGCCCACCAAGACCAACCCGGACCGAAUUAUCGCAGACCCAGUUCAAAAAAUGUGCAUUGCAAAGCCACAAUCGUCUAGUCAGAAUCCUACUAUCAGUGGGAGUUUCGAGAUACCCUUCAGAAGCCUUUUUCUCCGAGAUUGUCAAGGUAACGAGCAUGAUUUCGUCAUGACUCAUGAGGAUAUCACAAGGCUUGCUAGGGAUAUCUGGAGGGUGGGCACAAUCCUAAGUGCCCAAGACUAG